AUGGAGGCCGUGGGAGUGCUAAUGACCUGUCCCUUUUUAACCUAUCUCGAACAAGAACUCGAAAAGCGCUUCACACUCUUCAGAUUCUGGGAGUCGCAUUCCAAAACCCAGUUUUUGGAACAAAACUCUGAUUCAAUCGUCGCAGUGGUAGGCAACGCUUCAUUUAAUGCUGACUCGGACCUGAUUGACGCACUGCCGCAUUUGCAAAUCGUGGCGAGUUACAGCGUCGGGGUGGACAAGAUUGAUUUGAAUGAAUGUUGUGUGAUUGUUUCAGCAAAACGGAGUUCGAAAUUGGUAAAUGGGAUUUUAACAAACAAUAGGAUUACUGAAGAAUUUGGAUCAGAGUAUUUCAGCAAAAUAAUCAGUUUCUUGCAGCAAAGCAGAGACACACUUUACCAUCAUAAUUGGCCUGAACUAGAAUUUGGUUGGAGAAUUGUUGUGGGUUCAGUGAUUGGAUUCUUUGGUGCUGCUCUUGGGAGUGUUGGAGGUGUCGGUGGAGGAGGAAUAUUUGUCCCAAUGCUCACUCUAAUCGUAGGAUUUGAUCCAAAGUCGUCAACUGCAAUAUCGAAAUGUAUGAUUACGGGUGCAGCAGGCGCUGCUGUAUAUUACAAUAUCAAGCUCCGGCAUCCUACACUUGAUCUUCCUAUCAUCGAUUAUGAUCUAGCUCUUCUUUUUCAACCAAUGCUAGUGCUCGGGAUCAGCGUUGGAGUUAUGUUUAACGUGAUUUUUGCAGACUGGAUGGUUACAGUUUUGUUGAUUGUUCUUUUCAUAGGCAUGUCAACUAAGGCUUUCUUUAAGGGUGUUGAAACAUGGAAGAAAGAAUCCAUUAUGAAAAGGGAGGCUUCUAGACACUUGGCAUCUGAUUAUAAUGGAAGUGAAGAAGUGGAAUACAAACUUGUACCUGGAGGCCCAACUAAUGGAACUGGAGUACAUCUCAAUGAUUAUAAAGCAUCGGAGGUCUCGGUUAUUGACAAUGUCUACUGGAAGGAACUCACUAUACUCAUUGCUGUCUGGGCCAUAAUCCUUUUACUUCAUAUCGGCAAGGAUUAUACAACAACUUGUUCAGUGGCAUAUUGGAUUCUGACCUUGUUGCAGAUCCCUGUAGCCAUUGGAGCAUCCGGUUAUGAGGCAGUUGGCUUAUAUAAGGGGUGGAAGGCGAUAGCUUCAAGGGGAGAAGCACCAAUAAAUUGGACAGUGCAACAGUUGAUUCUCUGUUGUUGCUGUGGCAUUUUGGCCGGUAUAGUUGGUGGGCUGCUAGGCCUUGGGGGAGGAUUCAUUUUAGGGCCAUUAUUUCUAGAGCUCGGAGUUCCUGCACAGGUCUCAAGUGCCACAGCCACAUUUGCCAUGGUAUUUUCGUCAUCCAUGUCUGUAGUACAAUACUAUCUCUUGAAACGCUUUCCAGUAUCAUACGCUCUUUAUUUUGUUGCUGUGGCUACCGUUGCUGCAUUGGUAGGGCAGCACGUAGUAAGAAAGAUGAUUAAUAUAUUCGGACGAGCAUCUUUAAUCAUCUUUAUUUUGGCAUUCACCAUCUUUGCAAGUGCAGUAUCACUAGGUUGGGUUGGUAUAUCGAACAUUAUCAGGAAUGCGGAAGGAAAAGAAUAUAUUUGGUUUUAUAACAUCUGUGAGUAUGAGCCCUAA